AUGGAUGUGACUGCGCUGCGGAACGGUAUACAGGCGACGCUCGACCCGAAUACCGACACGCGACGUCAAGCCGAAUUGGCGUUAAAACAUGCUGAGACACAACCGGGCUUUAUCAAUGCACUGCUCGAUAUUCUGCAGGGAGAGCAGAAUAAUGCCGUCCAACUAUCGGCUGGUGUCUACCUGAAAAACCGCAUCAACCGCGGUUGGGCCCCCCUCGAAGAUAACCCCCUACGCGCGCCGAUUGCCGAUGCCGAAAAGCCCGGUUUCCGUGAGAGGUUGAUUCCCGCGUUGGCCUCGACGCCCCCCAACGUGCGCGCUCAACUCGUCCCCCUCCUUCAGAAAAUCCUUCAGCAUGACUUCCCCGAGCAGUGGCCUGGGUUCCUGGACAUCACCCUCCAGCUCCUCGGCACCAACGAUGCGAGUUCCGUCUACGCCGGCCUGCAGUGUCUUCUCGCCAUCUGCCGGGUGUACAGAUUUAAGGGCGGUGAGAAGAGAGAGGAGUUUGACAAGAUCGUGGAGCAUUCGUUUCCUCAGUUGCUCAACAUCGGUAUGAAGCUGGUGGAUGAGGAGAGUCUGGAGGCCGGUGAGAUGCUUCGGAUUGUUGUCAAGUCUUAUAAACAUGCGAUCUAUUUCGAGCUUUCGCCUGCCCUGCAAACACAACAAGCCACCGUCGACUGGUGCACCCUUUUCCUGAGAAUCAUCGCCAAGAACCCUCCUGCGAACUCCAUGAUGGAAUCGAAGGACGAGCGCGAACUGAACCACUGGUGGAAAUGCAAGAAAUGGUCAUAUGCCAACCUGAACCGUCUGUUCAUCAGAUAUGGAAACCCCACGACGAUGUCCAAAUCCAGCAACCCCGACUACACCCCGUUCGCCAAGGGUUUCAUCACGACUUUCGCGCCGGAGAUUCUGAAGGGAUAUCUGCAGGAGAUUGAUAAGUGGGUCAACGGUCAAUGGCUCAGCAACCCGGCGCUCGCCUACACUCUGGUUUUCUUGGAAGAAUGCGUCAAGCCCAAGGCGAUGUGGGAUCAUCUCAAACCACACAUGGAUACCCUGAUCGCCCACUUCAUCUUCCCGAUCCUGUGCCAAUCCGACGAGGACAUCGAGCUGUUCGAGGAGGACCCCUCGGAAUAUCUUCACCGGAAGCUGAACUACUACGAAGAGGUUUCGGCACCCGAUGUUGCAGCCACGAAUUUCUUGGUCUCUCUCACCAAGAACCGCAAGAAGCAGACUUUCUCUAUCCUGACCUUUGUCAACGGCGUGGUUAGCAAGUAUGAAUCCGCUCCGGACGACCAAAAGCAGCCUCGGGAGAAGGAGGGUGCUCUGCGCAUGAUCGGUUCUCUGGCCUCUGUGAUUCUCGGCAAGAAGAGCCCCAUCGCCGACCAAGUGGAAUAUUUCUUCGUCCGUCACGUUUUCCCUGAGUUCCGCAGCCCUCACGGCUUCCUCCGCGCUCGUGCCUGCGACACCCUUGAGAAGUUCGAGGCGCUUGACUUCCAAGACCCUAACAAUCUCAUGAUCAUCUACCGGAACAUCCUCGAGUCGAUGACUGACUCCGAACUGCCCGUCCGGGUCGAGGCCGCCCUCGCCCUGCAGCCUCUGAUCCGCCACGAUAUCAUCAGAACCUCGAUGCAGCAGAAUAUCCCGCAAAUCAUGCAGCAGCUCCUUAAACUCGCCAACGAGGUUGAUGUGGAUGCCCUUGCCAAUGUCAUGGAGGACUUUGUUGAGGUCUUCUCCGCCGAGCUGACUCCGUUUGCUGUGGCCCUGAGCGAGCAAUUGCGCGAUACGUACAUGCGUAUUGUCGGUGAGCUUCUGGAACGGAACGCCGCGAAGGGCGACGAGGAUGCCUAUGGCGAUUUCCUGGAUGACAAGAGUAUCACGGCCCUGGGAGUCUUGCAGACGAUCGGCACUCUUAUUCUUACGCUCGAGAGCACUCCAGAUGUGCUCCUGCAUCUCGAGACGAUCUUGAUGCCGGUGAUCAGUAUCACGCUUGAGAACAAGCUCUAUGAUCUCUACAACGAGGUCUUUGAAAUCAUUGACAGCUGCACUUUCGCCUCCAAGUCUAUCUCUCCUACAAUGUGGCAGGCAUUUGAACUCAUCCACAAGACGUUUAAGGCCGGUGCCGAGCUUUAUCUCGAAGACAUGCUGCCGGCGCUGGAUAACUACGUCGCCUAUGGCUCUGAGAUGAUGGUCCAGAACCCCGCCUACCUCGCGGCUGUUGUGGGCAUGGUUGAGGACAUCUUCCGUGAUGAGAAGGUCGGCGGUGUGGACCGGAUCUGCGGCUGCAAGCUUGCCGAGACUGUGAUGCUGAACCUGCGCGGAUAUAUCGACCAAUACAUCCCCCUGUUCAUCGAGCUCGCCAUGAGCGUCAUUGACGCUGGCGAGGCCCGCACGAAAUCCUACCGCAUCCACCUUAUGGAGAUGAUCAUCAACGCCAUCUACUACAACCCCGUUCUGAGUCUUCAAGUUCUUGAGGCCAAGGGCUGGACGAACAAGUUCUUCAGCACGUGGUUCUCCAACAUUGACAAUUUCAAGCGGGUUCACGACAAGAAGCUCUCGAUUGCUGCCAUCAGCUCAUUGCUGACCUUGAAGGCCGGCGAUGUUCCCGCAAGUGUCCAGCAGGGCUGGCCUAGGUUGCUUCAGGGCGUGACCAGACUAUUCCAGACAUUACCUGCGGCCCUUAAGCACCGCGAGGAUGCGACCAAGGAGUCCGACUUCACCUAUGAUGAGGAGGAUGACGAGGGUGAUGAGGAGAACGACUGGGAUGGCGAGGUCGAGUGGACGGAUCAGGAUGAGACCGAGGCCGCUGUUGACGGGGACGUUCCCGACGAGAGUGCUGCCUACUUGGAUUUCCUGAACAAAGAGGCUCAGAAGUUUGGAUCUUUCGCUGAUGAUGACGAUGAUGAGUUGGAUGAGGAGAGUUUGCUCGAGACACCUUUGGACAAGAUCGAGCCGUAUGGCAUGUUCAAGCAUGUGUUCAUGGGCCUCCAACAAGAGCAACCACAGCUUUAUGAGAACUUGACCAAGAUCCUCAACCCUGAGGAGCAACAGGUCCUUCAGGCUGUAUUCCAUGAAGCUGAUGCGAAGGCCAUGGCGGCAAAUGCCGAGGCUGCGCAGUCCAAUGGCAACCAAUAG